AUUUACUGUCAGUGGAAUGUCAAAUAUGAGUCAAAACAAAAAUAUCUGAAUGCAUUUUUGUUGUACAAACGAAGUGAAAAUUUGAAGAAUUUCUAUUUUAUUCGUGAAAUAUUUUACACAAAAAUUUGAUUUAGAAUAAGUAUACUGUGACCCUGAUGAUAUGUACGACGAUGCAAAAUUAGAUCCGUUGUGCUGUUGUGAAUACUUUGAUCGCGAUAAUGAACGAAAUCAUUUACUUGGGUGCUGUUGCAAUUGCAUUGAUUUUGACAUAGCAUGUGAAAGGUACUAAUAGGAGUGGUAGUUGUGACCGGUGUUUUAAGAAAUUGAGUAAAAAAUAUUAGGAAUUCUGUUGGUUGGAUAGAUUGAUCACCUGUGAAUCUAUUUCAACAAAAAUUAAGUCCAAUAUGCUGUUGACAUUUCAAGACCGACUUCGAAUUCCAUGGAGAGGUGGUGCAAAACAGAUUUCCUUUGAGGCCACAAUUCCGAUUGUACUUCUACCGGUAUCACUAUUCGUGGCCGCUGUAAAUGUGUACUGCUGCAUUGCUACUUGCUUGGUCAUUCCACUGUUUUUGGGCUACACUUACUACUGUCUGAGAAGUAUAUUUCCAAGAACGAAAUUCUUCUUUCUGUGGUCCUUUUGGUCGGUUGCAUACUUAUGUAUUUUGUUUGAAUCAACUGUGCCACUAAUGGAAAUUUUACCCGAAGAAAAUGCCGUGCUCAUCUUGAUGAUUGUUGCGGCAAUGUUUUGCUUCUAUAAGGUAAAAUUGAGAGCUCCACUCAAUCAUGUGGUGCAAAGCGAUACUGAUAUAGACAAUUUACCCGACAUUACCGAGGAGCAGACAACACUCCUAAUCGACGAUGAUGGAGAGUCCGACGAAAGUGAGGCCAAUCCAAAUAUAUGUUCCAAAUGUCACAAAUACACUCCACCGCGUACAUUCCACUGUGCCAUCUGUCAGGCCUGCAUUGUGAAACGAGAUCAUCAUAACAUUUGGCUGGAUGCUUGUGUGGGUGAAUCGAAUCAUCGGUUCUUCUUUUUCGGAUGCAUCAUCAGCAUAAUGGCGCUGAUUUUAGGCACAAAUCUAGCCCUAACAUCGAUAUGCCAUCCGUUCUCGAUUGGACGAAUAUUCGGCAUACCAAUUUUCUUACCGGACGAUUGUAGCGAAGUGUUUGAUCAAUUCGAUGUUGCUCUAUGCUUCGUUGGGUCAAUUUAUGGAAUUAUGUUGGCCAUCUGCUUGACCAUGGUCAUAUUGCAGCAAAUUUUCUUCAUAUCUAAGGGAGUGACGGGAACAGAAUGGCAUCGCGGAGAUGUAUCAUCCCGAAAAAACUGUUAUGUCAAUUGGAAAAUAUUUUGCUGUUGGUUGCGUUGAUGAGGAAAAAGACUUGAAAUAUGUGCAGGCUGUAAGAUCUGUAUUUGCUGUUAGUUAGCAUUUUAUUUGGCUAUUAUCUACGUACUCAAUAAGAUAAGCUUUCCAUCUCUUUAUCAUCUAAAUCUAGUAACACCAACUCGAUUGUUUUAAUUGUUUUCACUUUUCAACUAGUCAAUAUAGUGUUUACAUAAACAUAAUUAAAGCUAUCGAAUUCGAUGAAUUAAACCAAAUUAAAUUUAA